AGAUCAACUACCGGAUGCGGGUCACCCUCAACGACGGCCGGCAAAUGGUGGGACAGAUGAUGGCGUUUGACAAGCACAUGAACCUCGUACUGGCCGACACCGAAGAGUUCCGCAAAAUCAAGAGGAAGCAGGCCAAGCCCGCCGCCCCUGGCGCAUCCGGCGCAUCCUCAUCAACCGUCGAAUCGGAGGAGAAGCGAACCCUCGGCCUUACGAUCGUACGCGGAGCCCAGAUAGUCUCGCUUUCUGUGGAGUCGCCGCCUCCAGCAGAUCCUAGCGCGCGCCUCGGGAAGGCAACAACAGGUGGCAUCGCCUCGACCCUCACCGCUGGCCCUGGUGCAGCACGGCCAGCUGCUAGGGGAGCCGCUGCUCCUAUCUCUCUUGCUGGUCCUGCUGCUGGCGUUGGAGGUGCUCCUCCCCCGGGCUUCCCUGGCUUCCCAGGCGCUGGCGCUCCUGGUUUCCCUACCCCAGGUGCUGGACUUGCAAAAAGCCGAUUGACCUUCAGCAUUUGUUUCUUACGCAACUUUCAUUUGUUUAACGUGCUAAACAAGUCUGUAAUCAUGGCGGCCUUUGUCAAAUCGAUCAACGCCAGGAUAAGGGCGAACAAGGUGAUGGACUAUGUGUGCUCCACGCGUAAGUACAUCCAAGAGCCUCUGCCCGAGCUUAAAUUGACAUCAAUUGGGCGGCAAGACUUUUGGGGACCCGUAUCGACCUUUGGCAUCCCGAUCGCUGCCAUAGCAGACAUUCAGAGAGCGCCAGCAGACAAGAUUUCGCUCCCUAUGACGUGUGCCCUCGCGGGAUACUCUGGUAUAUUCAUGCGCUUCGCUUUUGCCGUCACCCCAAAGAACUACCUGCUCUUUGCGACCCACGUCGUGAACUCGGCGGCGCAGCUCACGCAGGGGUACAGGUACUUUCAGUACCACUACGGUGAAGGAAAGCAGAGGCCUGCGGCCCAGGAGGCGGCUGUCAGCGGGUAUGUCAGCAAGGAGGAGAUCAAAGAUGCUGCUGCGAUUUUGGUGAAGAGGUAG